UAUUAAUGGGCAUAUGCAAGGCCCUCCCUUAUUAUUGAAUAAUAAUCAGCGUAGUCCGGUGGAGUCUGGAGUCUCUCUCUCUCCCCCUCCCCCUCCCAUUUUCACCGCCAUUAAAGAGCGAGAUAGAGCUAUGCCACCAUCUUCGUCUUUGAGAGGCGGAGCCAACGGCGACCUCGGUCUCCGUCCGCCGCCACUGUCUCAGUCAGGUCGUCUACACCAUCAGCCUUACUACAGGAGUAGGUCGGCGUCUCUGAGGGGAUGCUGCUGUUGUCUCUUCCUGCUUUUGUCGUUCCUGGUGUUACUUGUGCUGGCAGUAGUGCUCAUUAUAAUACUGGCCGUGAAGCCGAAGAAGCCGCAGUUCGAUCUGCAGCAAGUGGGAGUGCAGUACAUGGGGAUUUCAUCGCCGAAUCCAAACCCUAGCUCCCUGGAUCCAGCUUCCUCCUCCGCAUCCCUCUCCCUCACCAUUCGCAUGCUUUUUACUGCCGUCAAUCCUAAUAAGGUGGGGAUCAAGUACGGUGAAUCGAGUUUCACAGUGAUGUAUAGAGGUAUUCCUCUGGGGAGGGCCACCGUGCCUGGGUUCUACCAGGAAGCCCACAGCACAAGGAAUGUGGAGGCCACAAUCUCCGUUGAUAGAGUGAAUCUGAUGCAAGCCAACGCUGCCGAUCUCAUCAGAGACGCUUCGUUGAACGACAGAGUGGAGCUCAACGUCCUCGGGGUUGUUGGCGCUAAGAUUCGAGUCAUGGACUUCGAUUCCCCAGGCGUUCAGGUGUCUGUUAAUUGCGCAAUCAUAAUAAGUCCCAGGAAGCAGGCGGUCACGUCCAAGCAAUGUGGCUUCGACGGCCUUAACGUCUAAACCCGUACAACUGUACGAGUCUUUUGAUCACUGAAAAUGUGUCCGAGAAGGCUUUUUCUUUUCUACUGCAAUUCUUUUUCCUCCAAACGGAGCGUAGCACAGCCACAGCCACAGUCCAGACUCAGCAAGUUAGAAGAUGCCGUUUAUACAUUAACUUGAUAUGUCCAGUAAGUCAAAACAAGAAAAUGCAUCAGGAUCAUAAACUUUGUUUUUGGGAGCUAAUUGAAGAUGUAACGAGGAAAUUAUCAACGGCAUUGCAUAUAAAUGUAAACAUUGUUGCUUCCACAAGCAGGUAGAGUAUCUGACGCCCAUAAGUACUUCGUUAAUUGCAGCCUGUCUAUAGAUCAAUUGUUGUUAUA